AUGGUGGUAAACAACGUUGAUGCGGAAGGUCUGCAGAAACUCGCUAACGGUUCAAAUUUCAAAGCCAAGGAUGUCGCUGCUUGCAAUGAACAUGAAGAAUUGACAUUGCUGUCGGGGAUUGUUCAACCGGAAUCAUCAACACAUUCAGGACAGAAGACUGUGACCAAGACCAAAUCUGCUCCACUCACUGAUAUGGAGCAAGAGAUGCCCAUAUCAUCCCUGCCACCCAAGAUGCUUACAGAAAUCUUUGUGCUCUGCUGCCAACCCAAAUACAACACCAUCGGAGGAGUGGAUAGUCAGGAGAUAUGCCAUUUGCGCCUUGCUGCUGUCUGCAAAGCAUGGCGCGACCUCGCGUGGACUAUGAGCCGCUUGUGGUCUGUUAUCACCUUGGUCAAUCCAAACCCUCAUGCUUUGCAUCUUGAAGGAAUUCUAGCUUCAUGGAUUGAGCGAGCAGGAAAUAAACCCCUUUCCAUCCAUUACGAAGGACAAAACAAUGGCCUGCUAGCCCGUCUCAUCCAAGAAACUCCAAAAUGGAUAAAUGUUUCAAUCUUACUCCCUUCAGAAUCCUUGUCUGUGAUCAAAAAAUGCAAAUAUUUUCCACUCCUAGAACAUCUCUUCCUUUGCGGUCAAGCCGGGAUUGGUUCCAACCCAGAUGGUCUUGAGGAUUUUGACAUCUUCAACUGUUCCAGUUUGCCCAACAUAUCUCGGCUGCAUGUACCAAGAUACCUACACUGCUUUGAAGUGAACCUGAUGUGGUCGCAGCUCAGAACAUUCUCCACAAUGACUGUUGGCCACAAGCACCUGCGUGAUAUUUUACGUCUUGCUGAAUUUCUCGAAGUUUUCAAUGCAAACAGUUUCAUGCCAGAUACCGAUGGUAUUAUUCUGCAGACUGUCCAUCACUCCUACCUCUGA